UAAUGGCAACAACAGUGAGACGAGAUUCACAGUAAUGAGUUCGUUUACCUGUGUGUGUUUUUUCCAUUAUUUUUUGGCAAUGGUUUCAUUGUCUGGCGCUUUUUAAAGUAGAAAAAAGUGUAAAAUAAGCGCGCAAGUUAUUAAAACAUUUUGCUCUGGACAUUCUAGCAACUCUUGAGAAUUGUUAACGAGAAUUUCGGAAAGAUAUCAUUUUGAAAGUGGGCCAAAGUAAUAUGGAUUCAGCAGCGUUAGAGGAGAACAAACAAUUGGAGGGAGAGUCGUCGUCGGCGGCGUCGAACAAUCCAAAAAGUGAAAGUUUUAAUGAGGAGCCAGAAAGUUCGGAAGAACCCCUCCGAAAGCGUAAAAAAUCAGCAGACGAAUCACAACAGGAUGCCUUGGUUACUUCGACGGUGGGUUUGAGGCGUUUCAAACGCAUACCCAUUUUCAUUGUCGACUAUCAUAACGAUGUAUUGGAAUUUAUAUACCGGUGUCUGGCCUCAAGGCAUUUGCCAUUGGAAAACAAUACCCUGCUACAUUUCGAUUCCCACCCCGACAUGGUUAUUUCGCGUGAAAUACCAGCCAGUUCAGCCUACGACAAGGAGACCAUGUUGGCUGAAUUGAGCAUUGAAAACUGGAUUAUGCCUGCUUGUUAUGCUGGGCAUUUCAAUCGGGUCAUUUGGGUUAAGAAUUCCUGGUGCCACCAAAUGCCCGAAGGCAAAUACAACUUCAAAGUGGGUCACAAAGAGGAUAAAAUCAGUGUGGACUGUUGCCUAGACUAUUUCAUAUCGGAAGGCAAUUACUGCCAAACAUCUGAAUUGGAACAGCCACGUGAUAUGGAGUUGCAUGUUAUCAACAAUGACACCGAAACUGUGCCCGAUCCUAAGCAACUGUUGUCUUCGGAAGAUGCUUUAAACUAUAUACUAGAUAUUGAUUUGGAUUUCUUUAGUACUUCAAAUCCGUUUUUGGAAAUCUACAAACAUGCCAAUUGCUACGAACAAUUGCGUCAAAUAUUCCAUUUUGAAAGUGCCACAGAAUCAACAGCCGUGGGCACCACCGAAAAGAGGAAACUUCAGCUGGAAGCCUUAAAGGGUGUCUUUGAAUAUUUGGAAGAGAAACGUUCAUUUGAAGGCAUUGAAAUGCCCGACCCAGAUAUUGUCAGCAAGGAGGUAUUCGAUCGCAUUGUUGCCUUGGCAGAAUCUCUACAAAAGUGCUAUGCCGAUGAUGAAAUCGAUUGGCUUUUAAUAUUCGAUUCGGGCAGUACCACAGACACCAAUGGUCUACCUCAUCACAUCAGUACAGAAGCUGAAUUGGAAACAUAUUAUGGCCAAUUCAAAAAGUUCCUUACCCAAUUGCCCCACCCACCAGUUCUCAUUACCAUGGCCUGUUCAGCGGAGGAUGACUAUUGUCCACGCAAUCAAGUGUCCUGCAUACAAGAGAAGGUUGUCCAAAUACUGAAGGAGGUAUUUGGUGACAAGGUCCAUGAUAAACCGAUUUUACACUACAUGGAUGAUGAGUGGGAUGUAAUGCAGUUGUAAGACAACAACGGCUAUUGGAAAGAGAACAAGAUAACAUAGAGAUGGGACAGCACGUAAAGUUAAACAGGACUCAUGCAGUUUAUUUAAUUUCUGGAGGCAGGCACAAUGCCCGAUUAUUAAAUCCAGGCGACUGCAGUAUUGUCUAUUUUAUAUUAACAAUUAAUAUAUUAUUAUUAUUAUUAUUUUAUUUAGCCUCUAAGUUAUGUAGCAUAAGUUAUAAAAUUUAUAAAAUUUUAUUAUGAUGUAGGAAUCAAAUAAAAUUUGAUUCAUUUUUGAUUGUA